AUCAUAGAAGCUCGACUGCAAAUUCAUCAAGGCACUUCCUGUUUCCGUCUUUUGCUGCCAGGCCUCCCGUGACUUGGAGAAGGCGGAGCGGGCUGGAGCUUAGAAACGGCGCGAGAGGAGGGUUGCAGGAAUAGCAGCAUGGCAACGGCCGCGGCUACGAAAGUUCCUGAAAUUCGCGAUGUUACCAGGAUUGAACGUAUUGGAGCCCAUUCCCACAUUCGAGGACUUGGCUUGGAUGAUACCUUGGAACCUAGACAGGUAUCCCAGGGCAUGGUAGGACAGUUGGCUGCUCGUCGAGCUGCUGGAGUGAUUUUGGAGAUGAUAAAGGAAGGCAAAAUUGCUGGUCGAGCUGUCUUGAUUGCUGGCCAGCCAGGCACAGGAAAAACAGCCAUUGCCAUGGGCAUGGCCCAGGCACUGGGUCUUGACACUCCUUUUACAGCAAUUUCUGGAAGUGAAAUUUUCUCUUUGGAGAUGAGCAAAACUGAGGCACUAACUCAGGCCUUUCGCCGUUCCAUUGGUGUUCGCAUCAAGGAAGAAACAGAGAUAAUUGAAGGUGAAGUUGUGGAGAUUCAAAUAGAUCGUCCAGCAACUGGAACUGGCGCCAAAGUUGGGAAGCUGACCUUGAAAACUACAGAGAUGGAGACGAUCUAUGAUUUGGGCACCAAGAUGAUAGAGUCACUGACCAAGGAGAAAGUACAAGCUGGGGAUGUCAUUACUAUAGACAAAGCUACAGGAAAGAUUACCAAACUAGGACGUUCCUUCACACGGGCCCGGGAUUAUGAUGCAAUGGGCUCUCAGACAAAGUUUGUGCAAUGCCCUGAUGGAGAGCUGCAAAAACGCAAGGAAGUCGUGCAUACAGUCUCACUACAUGAAAUUGAUGUCAUCAAUAGCCGUACCCAAGGAUUUCUGGCACUUUUUUCUGGUGACACAGGAGAAAUAAAGUCAGAGGUGCGGGAGCAGAUAAAUGCAAAGGUAGCAGAGUGGCGAGAAGAAGGCAAAGCUGAGGUGAUCCCUGGGGUUCUCUUCAUUGAUGAAGUCCAUAUGCUGGAUAUUGAGUGUUUCUCCUUUCUUAAUCGAGCCCUGGAGAGUGACAUGGCACCUGUCCUCAUCAUGGCCACCAAUCGUGGCAUCACUCGAAUUCGUGGCACCAACUAUCAAAGCCCCCAUGGCAUUCCUAUUGACCUGCUGGAUCGUAUGCUGAUUAUUUCAACCUCUCCGUACAGUGAUAAGGAGACCAAGCAAAUAUUGAAAAUCCGGUGUGAAGAGGAAGAUGUUGAGAUGAACGAAGAUGCCUAUACAGUACUAACCCGCAUUGGUUUGGAGACUUCCCUCCGCUAUGCCAUCCAGCUCAUCACAGCAGCCAAUUUGGUGUGUCGCAAAAGAAAGGGCACAGAAGUUCAGGUUGAUGACAUCAAGCGUGUAUAUUCUCUGUUCCUGGAUGAGUCACGCUCCACUCAAUACAUGAAAGAAUAUCAAGAUGCUUUUAUGUUUAAUGAACUCAGAGGGGAGACCAUGGAUACAUCAUGAUAAGGUUUAAAUACCCAGAUCAGACAGAGUGUGAAUUGAUAUUCCUUUUCUGGUUAUUAGUUUUUUGUAAAAAUAAAACUGGAUUUCCUGAAUUUCUGCUUGUUUCAAAUUGGAAAGGCAACAAAAA